CCCGCCUGCACUGGGAGUUCACUUCUGGAGGAACACAACAGAUAAAGAUAUUCACUUUUGGCUCUUAUAAAAGUCUAUUCGGGAGAAGUAGAUGCAAAGAUAAAAUGUCUGCCUGGGCGAAGUCAUCGUCAGGUGGACGGCGGUCUUCAGGAAACUCAAACGGGAGUGCCCAGCAGAUGCGUCUGUUCCGCAGAGCAGCUCCUUACCCCAGCAGGGAGGAGAGGGGCGAUGAUAUCAAAGAUGCUCUGGACAGUUAUGAAGAACUGGAACAAAUACAAAACCUGAGUGGAAGUGGAAAGUUUGAAAGCUUCAAGCAUCAGCCAAAUGCCAAGUCAGAGAGCUGCACCCCAUCAGACAGACGUAAAACCCUGUAUCAGAAGUUCUAUAGGCAGGUGCAGGAGGAGAAGAAGCCAGCCGACUGCGUCGUUCUCUCUGUCACCAACCAGUGCCUGGAUUACCCCAAAUCGCUAAGCCAGUGCUUGCAGGAGCGCGGCCUGUCAGUGGAAAUGCUCUACCUUCAAGUGGAAUCGGGCCUGACCCGGGCCCUGCAGGAUGUCCGAGCAGCUGGCUCCCCGUUAUGUAUUCUGGUGGAGCAGACAAACGUAGAUCUGUCCUCCUGCACUGUUAUCAUAUUCUCAGAGUCCCUCAAAAUCCAUCGCAACAUGCCCAAAGACCAGGCCAUGGACUUUGUUCAGGGGGAGCAUAAUCGCGGGCUCGCCAAAGAGCGGCCGGCGAGAGACCCCGCAGACAUCGCAGCGCAGGCGUCGCAGCUGCUCGACGACUACCUGGACCGGGAGAAGAUUGAACGGCACACGGUUCCCCCUGAAACCCGCCAGCUCCUCAUGCUGUUAGCCGACGGGGUGCACCUGUACCCCGAGGAGCUGGAAACCAUCUCCGACUACGUCCGCUCGCGACAGGACCACAUACAAGCCUCCGGCAGUGAGGGGGAGAGGGGGAAAGUGUUGCCUCCAGGACUGGGGAAACCACCUCCUUUGCUUCCUACUCCACCCGGACCUCCCCAGGUCGGGCCAGGAGGGCCCAUGGGGGACCACCCCCCACCUGUUCCUGUUCCUCUCCUGCCUUCACCAGGUUCUUACCCCAAAACCAAACCUCCGCCGCUGCUCUCCUUACAUCGGCUUCCCUGUCCGCCCCUGGGCCCCCCGAUGUCCCGAGGUCCUAUGAACCCACACAUGCCUUUCGGUCCACCCGGUAUGCCGAGAGGGCCCCUCCUCCACCACCCGCCUCUGUUUCACCCCGGCUCCAGGGGCCCCCCCGGGGGCCGGGGCAACCCUCCCUCUCUAAAGAGCUCCCGCCCUCCUCUGCUGUGCGCUCCAGGCCCUCCUCUUCCUCGGCUGGGAGGAUCUCGACACUGAGAAAUGACAAAAAUCGCAGCGCUCCGCUCACACAUACUGUAAAACCUGCAGGUUACAGGAAGUGUUUUAAAGGACUGUUGUUCCUCACAUCGGAUCUCUUUAUUGACCUUUUUAAAGCUAGAGAAUGAUGUUUAGCCAGUGAAUAAAACCAAGUGUUUGAUAUUGUUCUUUUAUGAAUAGACUGAUGGAGGACGGUGUGGAGCAAACCAGUGCUUGUAACAGAGUAUAUAUUUUUUUCCCUUGGUUAAUUUGUUCAUGUUCCGCGUUUCAAACUCUGUGAAGUCAGCAUUAAAAGGAGGGACAAGCUGAACUGACUGUAUGUCAACAACUUGGGUUGCAAAUUUCCACAUCUGAUUUAUAGAAAUGAAAAAAAGUGAAAUGUAGUCACAUGGUGGUAAUAGAGCCAUUUAUUUUUUCUUUGUUUACAAUAAGUUGUUGUAAGGGUUCUAAGGAUUUUCUGAAGCUGAUAGUUGAAACAAUCCGUCCUCUCACAGUAAAUUACAUCUUUUUGUUGUCACCAAUCACAGUAAUUAAUUUGAAAACGUAUAACGUAUUUUUUUCCACCUACUUUACCUGCUUUACUUUUAAACUGGCCUUUGUGCUUUUGAGCCGCUGGAAUAAUGAUCCAUACUGAAGAUAAAUGGUAGCCUUUCUCGGUAAAAAUAUUUUUUCCUUGUAUUAGGCGGCGUAAUAGAACUUGACAUAAUUCUCCUAUUGCCAUGUUAAAAUUUUUCUGUAUACACUGAAACCCUGAAUGUGUGCAAAAAGCCAGUAUUCUUGAAUUAAACUGCAGGAUUGAGGCAAAAGUAAAUGUUUGACCUGUGAUGAAACAUUGUCAUUCAAGAAAAAAAAUCUUGUGCAGCAGUUUCUUUUUUCUAAAUGGAUAUGAAACAACUGAAUUAAUUACUGUGACAUUUGUGUUAUUCAGGAGUGUUUGAAUUGUCACUUGAAAGCAACAUUUGGUAUCUCUCCACUUUAGGUGUAAAAAGAGGUUUCAGACAGUCUGGGACACUUUUUUUUUUACUUCCACACUUAACUCCAUAUUACACUUGGAUCUUUUUUUUUUUUUACUAAGGCAUUGACUUUUAAUUCCUGAUGUGCUUCCUGUCCAAAGCACAUGUGAUUGUUUCGCUAUCUUGUCUUUCAUGUGGAGCAGUGCUGAUGUUCCAGAGGUGUGAAACGGGAGAAUCUGGAUUUUAUUUUCAAAGAAAUCGUCUGUGAAUUGAUUUGUAUCUGAUGGACCUUUUCACGUGUUGUGUUUUGAAGAGAAUUAAAAAUGACUAUUAUUA